AUGGAGUGCCCAAUCUGCCAGGCGUCGUUUCCACCCACCGAGAUCACGUCCCACGUGGAUCGCUGCCUCGAAGGCGAUGUAGCUGCCACCACGACUUCUUCUUCAUCAUCAUCGACGGGAGGAGACGGCAUGGACGUGAGCAAUACGCCCUUCACAUCUCGCCAGGCUCCUUCGGCUGGCGGCACGAAUCGUGAAGAACCCAAGCCCCUGCUACUCGAUUUGGAUUUUAGUAGUACGCCCAUUACUACUACCCCCAUCACUCCUGCGCCCGCCACGGGCGGCAGUGCCCCAUCUUCGAGCCUCCUCUGGUGGGAGCAGAUGGGCCAGGAAGAAGAGAAGCCAUCAUCGUCGAGUAGUACUCCAAUGGAAGAAGGAUCGAAGAAAGAUGGUGAUGGCGCAGAUGAAAAGAUGGCGCUCGAAGUAGAGCAGGGAGGUGAAGGUGGUGCGAAGCUGGGCGAUGAAGAAGACGAGCUGGCGCGCAUGCAGGCCGAAGCGCUACGUUUCUGGGAGAGGAAGCGGCAGCAGGAGGAAGAGGACAUGCGCGUGGCCCGCCUGCUCGAAGAGGAGCUCAAGGACGCCCCCGCCCCCGCCCCCGCUCCCGCCCCUGCCCCUGCCCCCAUCACCCCCGCUCCCGUGCCCACGCCCGCCAGUCCCAACAAGCGGCCCUACCCGACCGACCCCAAGCCCAGGCCGCAAGUCGGCGGCCUCUCCGAUUCGCAGCUGGCGCGGCAGCUGGACGAGGAGGAGCGGAAGCGCGAGGAGGAGGACCGGCGGCUGGCCGAGGAGCUGUGGAAGCGCGAGGAGGAAGAGGAGCGCGAGCGCAAGAAGCGGAAGGAGUGGGAGGAGACCCUCACUCUCGUGCGCACCCAGGCUAAGGCCGAGAGCGACGAAGAGCUAGCGCGAGCGCUCAAGGAGAGGGAGGACCUGAUGCGCGAGUUGGAGCGGCUCAAGGCGCAAGCGGAGAUGAACGCCAUGCUGCCCGACGCCGGCGGAGACACGCACGUGUCCCUCACGCUCGACGGCAUCGAAUACCCCGAACGCUGGGAGAACCAAAAGGGCGAGUACCAGACGUUCGACGUGAAGAAGGGCUCCGAGGAGUGGAACGAAAUCGAGACCCACUUCCAGAACUCGCUCGGCGGUAUUGGGGCGCACAUCACGCGAAUCGAGCGCAACCAGAACAAGUCGCAGUGGAUGUUCUACUACCUGCGACGCCAGCAGGUCGCGCUGAAGAACAAGAAGGACCCCAACGAGAAGUACCUCUUCCACGGCUCGCGCGUCGGCGCCUACGAGAUCAUCCUCAAGGACGGCUUCGACCACCGGGUUGCGAACAUGGGCGGCGCUAUCGGCGCCGGGGUCUAUUUUGCCACGCACGCCUCCACCUCCACCGGCUACAUGUUGUACUGUCGUGUGACCCUAGGCUCGGUGGGCACGGGCAAGUCCGGCAUCAGGCGGCCGCCCGAGAAGCGAGGCGGUGGCCUGCACGAUUCCGUCGGGCAGGUCCACGGGGGCAACGGCAUGUAUGUGGUGUUCGACAAUCAUCAGGCAUUCCCCGAGUACACCAUCCACUACCGGUAG